UACUCUUUCUCCUUCUCUUCCUCUAAAAUCAUACUACAGCACAACAUCGCUCAGAAAAUCAAAGAAUUGAAUGGACAAUUAGACUUUAUUUCUGCUGAGAAAGAUAGGUACAAAUUCGAACUAUGGAGGGGAAUUCAUGAAGAAUCUGAACUACAAAUAACUACCUCUUUCAUAGAUGUUACUGAUGUAUAUGGCAGAGACCAAGAUAAGAAUGCUGUAUUAAACAUGUUGUUGGAAGAGAAUAGUGAAAAAGAUUCCACUCUCCAAAUCAUCACUAUAGUAGGGAUGGGAGGAGUAGGGAAAACUACUCUUGCUCGACUAGCCUACAAUGACAAUAUUGUGGAUACUCAUUUCGAGAAAAAAAUUUGGGUGUGUGUCUCAGAUCCUUUUGAUGGCAUCAAGAUUGCCAAAGCGAUUCUUGAAUCUCUUGGAGAUGCUGUGCCAAACUUUGUUGAAUUACAAACUCUACUACAACGUAUUAGGAAGUCAGUUGUAGGAAAAAGAUUUCUUCUUGUUUUAGAUGAUGUGUGGAAUGAAGAUGACUGGAAGUGGAAACCCUUCAAAGAUUCUCUCAGUUGUGGUUCUUUGGGAAGCAAAAUCUUAAUGACCACGCGUAAGGAGAAUGUUGCGGUUGCAAUGGGUUGCACUACUUUGUUCCCACUAGGGAAGUUGGCCAAAGAAGAAUGUUGGCUGUUGUUUAGUCGGGUAGCCUUUUUUGGAAGGACUAGCAGGGAAUGCCAGAUGUUGGAAGAUUUUGGUAGGAAAAUAGCAGACAAAUGCCAAGGUUUGCCACUUGCUGUGAAGACUCUUGGGGGUCUCAUGCGCUCCAAAAGAACUAUAGAACAAUGGCAAAGUGUUUUGAAUAGCGAAAUAUGGGAGUUGAAGGAGGCUGAAAGAGGUAUUUUCCCUCCCUUAUUGUUGAGUUAUUAUGAUUUGUCCCCAGCUUUAAAACAAUGCUUCUCAUUUUGUGCCAUAUUUCCGAAAGACUGUGAUAGAGAAAGAUAGGCUGAUCAAACUAUGGAUGGCGCAAGGUUUCCUUAAGGAGAAGCAAAUCAAAGAUAUGGAAAUCCUUGGUCAAGAGUAUUUUGAAGACUUAGCAAUGUGCUCUUUUUUUCAAGACUUUGAAAGAGAUGGCGAUGGCAACAUAAAUAAAUGCAAAAUGCAUGAUUUAGUACAUGAUUUGGCCCAGUUUCUGACGAAGGGUGAGUGUUUCAUGGUAGAGGUCUAUGGUGUUGAACAGCCUCAGGUAGAUACUUACAGUGAAAAAGGUCGUCAUUUAAUGUUGGCGCUUGGAGAGAAGGUCAUAUUUCCUACCUACAUUUAUAAUGUUAAGAAAUUGCGUAGCCUCCUAGUUGAACCAAUCAAUUUUUAUGCUUCAAUAAUGAGCGAAUCCUUACCCAAGUUAUGUAAACAGUUGACUUGUCUGAGAACAUUGGACUUGAGUACCAAGUAUCAUACUAUCUUUGGUAGCACAAUUACAGAAAUUCCAAAAGAGAUAGCAAAAUUGAUUCAUUUGAGAUACCUUAACAUAAGUAACAAUGAUGAUUUAGAAGAAUUGCCAGAAGCAUUGUGUGAAUUGCUUAAUUUACAAACCUUAGACCUCAGUUUUUGCAAAAAGCUAAAGAGAUUGCCAAAUGGAAUUGGAAAACUAGUAAACUUGAGGCAUCUUAAGAAUUAUGGUACUUGGAGAGUAAGGUUCAUGCCAAAAGGAAUGGAGAAAUUAACGUCUCUUCGAACACUAAGGGAGUUUCCAUUGAGUGAAGGUGGUACUAGUUGUGAAACAUCUUCGAUUGGGGAACUGGGAAGCUUGACCCACCUUGGAGACUAUCUUGAGAUUAGAGGAUUGGGAAAUGUGAGAGAUGUGAAUAAGGCCAGGAAAGCAAAUCUUCGGAGCAAGGAAUGCCUCUUUAAUCUGUUACUCAAAUUUGAUAUGGAUGAGAACAAGUCAGGAGGGGGGUUGCCAAAUGGUGAUGCACUUGUUCUUGAAGCCUUACAGCCACCUCCUUACUUGGAAUGUUUAGAGAUACAUAACUACAGAGGCUCGAGCACAUUGCCAAAGUGGAUGUUGGCAUUGACCAACUUGAGGCAUCUUGCAGUCUGCUCGUGCAGAAACUGGGAGAGAUUGCCUCCCCUGGGGAAACUUCCAUCACUUGAAUCACUUUGGAUCUAUGACAUAAGGAGAGUAAAGAAAGUGGGAGUUGAAUUUUUAGGAAUAGAAAGAGAUGAGGGGCAAGGAUCUUCAUCCUCAACUGUUAUUCCCUUCCCGAAUCUGAAAAGACUUGAAAUUCAUGACAUGAAUGAGUUGGAAGAGUGGGAAUAUGGGGAGUUUCAUUUCCUUGGCAAGAGAAAAGAGCAAAUUAGUAUAAUGCCAUGUCUCAGUUUCUUAGUGAUUGAUAGAUGCCCGAGGUUAAAGGCACUACCACACCACCUUCAAAAUUCAAGCAUUGAGACAUUGGAGAUAAGAUGGUGUUCUAUUCUGGAAACAGGGUGCAUUAUCUCUCGCAUUCCUAACAUCCGAAUAAACUAUAUGGAGGUGAAAAGAGAUAAAGUUUGAACUCUUCUUGGGUCCAGAAGAUCACAAAUGCAAGCAGAAGCUCAUCAGGAGGAAGAAGCUGAACCAGCACUAGAUGCUCUAUCCAAGCUGAGAGAUAAAGGAAUCAAACAAUAGCAGCAGAGUGAUGAAGAAAAUCCAACCAUGAAGGAAUCGACAGAGGAGCAGCAGACUGAUAGAGAAAAUCUAGCCAUGGGGGAAUCAAUAGAGGAGCAGCAGACUGAUGAAGAAAAUCCAUCCAUGGAGGAACCAACAGAGAAGUAGUAGGGGGAAAAAAAUAUUAGUUUUGGCCUUGUCUAUCUUUUUUUUUUUUGAAUAAGUAAGGAUUUUCAUUGGCCUUGCCUAUCUAGUUGAAGCAGGAUUCUCCUUGUACUUGUUGUCUAGCAUAAGCUUUGACUAUCUUUGGGUUGUAUUUCAAUAUUAAUUGCAGGCUUGCUCACAGAAUUUUCAUCACGAGAACAUUUAUAUCAUCAACGUUUCUCAAGACAUUGAUUUAUGGAUC